AUGAACUCAAAAGUGAAGUUAUAUGACAGAACUCGCAGCAAAAAGGGUAUUGAACAUUCGCAUGCGUUGUACUGUAAGAAAUCAGAUAUUUUGUUUGAUGUCAGGCAAUCUAGUGAAAGUCAUACUGGCGGAGGUGGCAGCGAUGCACGGGAUAGCAGUAGCAAUAUGAGUCAUGUUUACAGUUUCGCUGAACGCAUUCCGAUUUGUGGUUCAUUUUCUUCUUACACCGACUUACGAUGUUCUAUCUCAAGUGUUCCAGAGUUUAGAUUGUACUCCAACUCCAACUCUGAGAAUGUAAAGGCUAUAGAAAGACACCAAGUAGAGUCUGACAGUAUGUCAAAUACUGUCAAGAGCGAUGUAAUGAGCCAAAAAAGCUCAAACGAAUCUUGCGCUAAGUACAGCGAAAAAGUUAUGGGUGCACGUAGAUUUGUAAAAGAUCAAGACCAUUAUAAUACUCCCGUGAGGGAUGAAGUGAAAAAAAGGUGUGGGAAGAGUAAUGCAUUGAGAGUGCAAGUUGACAAGCAUGAUGGAUUAUCGUAUGUAUGUCCUGAAUACUGUGAUGAAGACGGCACUAGUCAUGUGGAUGGGGAGGAUACAUUGUAUUCAAGUGAGCCCUCGGCGACUCGUGAUACUCCUUUGGUCUUUAUGCAUAAUAAUGAGAAAUUACACGAGUGGAUAAAGUUGGAUCUUAAAGACAAUGAUUCAUUUUGUGCGGAUAGGCGUUAUACUAGAACACUAUGCACUAAUAAAUCCAAAUUAGCUUCAAGUAGAAAGCGGUCAGAAAUUACAUUAGGCCCCUGUUGUGUGAUUCUACCACGCGCGCAUGGUGUAAAUACUAAACUUUUGAGGCCAGUUGACAUUUGCCUAUCUUCAACAACACAAUAUGAUUUGUCAUUGCUAUCUAUUAAGAGCGUACUCGAGGAAUCAAGUUUAUUUCAACCACAGAAACACCGGCUAUCGUUGCUUGACGAGGCCAAAAAGGCCCUUGAGGAGUCUCUUCUUCAGAUGGUAAUGCUUGAGCUUCACAGCACAAGCGCAGGAGGAACCUAUAUGGUACGUCACCUACCCUCUGUGGAUGCUAAUGAUAGUAAAAUGUACACUGAGGAUGCCGACCAGCACGUGUUGGCCGUAUUUAAGCCUCGUAACGAGGAAAUUGGCCAGAGGUGUAAUCCACACGGAAACUGCCAGUGUGAUCGAGAGGGUUUUACUCCAGGUAGUGGUAGUCGUCGUGAGGUGCUUGCUUAUUGCCUUGAUCAUGACCACUUUGCUGGAAUACCUCCGACCCUUGAAGUGUCGGCGGUGUAUUGUCUUAAUUCUUCUCAAGAGUAUGAUAUGUGUUCUGAUUUACCUGAGACAGUGCCUCCUAGCGUGUGUGUCGGGAGUCUACAGCUUUUCGUCCCGAACUGUAUUGAUGCGGCAGAUGUAUUACCAGGUAAGUUCCUUGUGGAGGAAGUCCACGCCCUUGCAAUUUUUGAUAUUCGAACACUAAACAGUGAUCGACACGGCGGCAAUGUCCUUGUGCACUAUGAUGAAGGCGGCUGUAAGUCAGAAGUGCCACAUCUGGUUCCUAUUGACCACAGUUAUGUGUGCCCUGCUGGCUACGCGGAUCCGGAUUAUGAGUGGUUGUCCUGGCCUCAGUCGAAGGUGCCGUUUUCCCUAGAGACCUUGAACUAUAUCCAAAAAUUGGAUGCAUCCGAUGAUGCAGAUCUUGUGGCUGCGGCCCUAUCAGCUAACCGUUCCAAUCCGAUGGGCACCACUCCCCCAAUACAGGGGCCUUUGCUACAGACCUUUGAAACUGACCCCUUUAUUACUACUACCUCCAAGCAAGUUUUACAAGUACAAAACAAGCAGUGGUUUAUAGAGGAUCUUUGGGUGACGAGCUCACCGUUGCGCCAGCGUCAGUCAACUUCCUAUUCUUCCAAAGGCCCUUCGCACGUGAAUUUUCCCAAGUCUUCCAAGCACAAGGAGCCUCCUUGUGACCAACACGACCUUGAAGAUGUCCAGGCCGCGGCAAACACCUUGUACUGUGCCACGCGGCUGUUACAGGUUGCGGCACUGGAGUUUGGCUUCACGGCCUAUGAUAUUGGUAACAUGUGCCGUCGACCGCGGCUAACGUCUCCGUCUCUUCUGGAAGAGCUGAUUGAGGGUAGUCUUGAUGGAAGGACUUGGGAGACCGACCGAGAUUUGUUCGAAGUGCUCCUGAUAAAAAGAUUAGAAGCCGUUUCAGGAUCUAUUGCAGAGAAGUAG